CAGUAACACCCGCCUCAAAACUAAGACUGAGUUACACGAACGUCGCAAGUUCACAAUCUUGAUAUCAGUCCGGAUUUCACACUCAUUUCCUCUAGCCUGACCUUUAUCCUCUAGUAAACUGGCAGUAUCAGUACGAUAUCUGGCGAGAGUGACCAUUUAGUCCUACCAUGCGCCAAACGAAUUGGCGAACACACUCUCCGUCGUCCAACACCAACUACCAAAUCUAGGCCAGGAUAUUGCCCACUUCGGUCCGGCUUCUGACAGCCGAACCAUUGUCCAGCAAGCUUGGACAACAAGGCAACGUUGCGGCUCCGUCCAUCAGAUUAGGCUGGCUUUUCCGACUGGUGGAUUAAAGAUUUCGGCAUCGGUAAUGGCAUGACAAGCCACACAGGCCUCCAAUCCGUCGAAACCUGACCGCAGUUUACAGCCCUCUGUCACCUCCUCGCUCAUGCCCUUCUAUCCCUCCCUAAUGGCUACCACUCGCCAGCGCGCCGCAAUGGAGGCUUCUAGGCCUGCGCAGUCGCAGUCAAAGUCGCAGCCCAAUUCAGAUCAAGACAUUAUCGUUGUCGACUCCUCGAAAAGACAACCGAAUGCCGAUGGCGCUGACGGAGAAGUGCCGGUGGAAGGGGAAGAGGAACUCCUAGAAGGUGAAGAGCUGGAAGAAGACGAGGAGGAAGAAGACCUGGAAGACGACGACGACGAUGACUUUGAGAAUUUCACCACCUCGGAAAUCGUCACCGUCUACGUCGGCCAUAAGCGCAAGCGCUUCUUCCUGCAUCGCGAACUCAUCUGCCAGCGAUCGCCGUUCAUGGAAAAAUGUCUGAAGAAGGAUAGAUUCGACGAGGGCUAUAAGAACGAGUUGUACCUCCCGGAAGACGAUCCCAAAGCGUUCUCCAUCAUCGUCGAAUGGAUCUACCGCAACAAACUGCCUGCGCGGACGGACCCGACGUUCGACCUCGCCGACCUCUCAGCGUCUUACUGUAUGGCAGACAAAUUCGCCAUGGAAGAGCUGCAGAACAACAUCAUGGAUGUCAUUCGAUCCAGUUUCUCUCGACGUGAGAAUGAGCAGUGCAAGCCACCUCACUUUUCGGCGCUGGCGCUCACACACCUUUCGGGCCCGCCCAAGUCGCCACUAAAACGCUUCUACAUCGAACACCUGGUGCAUCAUAUGAUGAAGAAUCCGAAGUGGUAUCACGAGUUGAAGCGCAAUGAGCCCAACCGUGCAGAUCUGGAGGAGUUGUUCAAGAUUCCGGACUUGGUGUCAUACAUUUUCAAAAAGGUCUGGCAAUUCCAGGCGGAGCCGUGGAAGGAUCCGGCCAUGUGGGAUAAAUGCUGCUAUCAUGUCCAUGCCACAACGGUCUGUCCAGCGAGGGCGGCGGCUGCUACGUUGGCGAAGAAUGCAAAAGACGGCAUGAGUCAGAGUGUACGGUUGGGAUCCGGUCUCCCCGGCGUGCAUGGCCUCGGGGCGCCGCAGAGAUCGUGGCCGCCUACCGCGAUGGGCGUCUGGAAUCCUGGUGUUGGAUGGUAGGCACAGCCAGCGAAAGAUGACUGUGUGAGCUUGCUCUGCCUUGCUAUUGCAUGGCGAAGAGCAUGAGGGAGACUUUACGAGAACCGACUUUUCAUGUUUCCUAUGUCAGGUCUUGGAUUGAUUGGGCUUUUAUUUCUUGCUUUAAGACCUUGGGUUAUGCUUGCAUGGCGCUGACGGUUCGGGGCUGCAUUUGCAAAUGAUUGUUGUCAUUUCUAUCACGGGGAUCAUGAUGAGUUGAGCUGAGUAACUGAGACUGAUUUUCUAUGCUGGCAGUGUUUGGUACCUAGGAUGCUGAAUAUAACCUCGCAUUACCAUUGUGCACGAA